AUGAAUCAACAAAAGACAGCCACAAUCACUGAACGCCGCUCAAGCUACCCGUUACAGCAGCGACUCAAGAUACACAACCCAGACACGAUGGCUCGGAGGCUGAACCAGGAAAAAACUCAGGGCAAACUCGUGGUCAAUGGUGUAAACAUCCUAAAUAAGUCAUGUCUGGACAAAGACAUCAUCCUGGAUCGAAUGAAGCAACGAAGAGAAACCCACAAUCGUGUUGAACGUCGAAGAAGAGAUAUGCUGAAUGGGCUAAUCAACCAACUCGCCCAAGCGAUGCCACAGACCGUGUUCUCGGAACCAGAAAAAUGUCAUCGAGCAGAAAUUCUGCGCCAGGCCAUCAGUUAUAUUCAGUCUAUACAACAAGAGAAUGAGGCCAUGCGUGCACAGCUUGGUCACCCAGCAACAGCAACGGCAUCGUUACCAUCAUCGUUACCAUCACAACAAGUAGAAACGAUGCUGCCACCACCACCAACAACAGCACACUCACCGUCCUCUUCCUCUACGUCCAGCACGAGCAGCAGUAGCAGUGAUAUCAGUGAUACAUGUGCAGCAGCAGACGCCUUUUCUUUUCCUUCUUCUUCUGCAAACAACUUGUUAUGA